GUUCUCGUUGGGGUUUUGCGGUGGCACUCAUGCUGCUGGUUCUAGUCGUCUCUCUCGUCACAACACAACUGGUGUGAUGUUGCAAAGAGCAAAAAGGAAGAAAGAGAAGACAGAAAGACAAAAAAAAAAGAACGUGAACCAUGCACACGGUCCUGCUAGCUGUUGAGCCUGCGCUCGCCUUCCUGUGGCUCGGGUCUUGAGAACCUCAGUGUGUUUGCAACUUGUCCAUGUGACUCGGUUUCCGUUGCCUGCCUGCUUCCGUGAAGAGCAACAAAAAAAAAAAAAAAAAAAAAAAAAGGAGGGGGGGGCACUGGCGCUUCAGUAAGAGAAAGGCGCUGCAGCUGAAAGUCACACACACGAGAGCUCUUUCUACAACAGCAAGUCACUCUGCGAUAUGGUCAGGGGAUCAACCGUCAGUGGCUUGGGAAAUCCGCAUCUAACCACCAGUUGAGAAUGAUAAAAUGCCAGACCACGGUCUUAUUCCCAUCCUAUUUUGCUUGUUGGCCAUGUGGAGAAUCCUGACGCCCGUCUCUAGCCAUCCACAGUACAGUCCCUGCAAGCUGGUACAAAAAGCAGCGAUGUGCAACAAUGGCAAACUCUCAUCUGUUCCUGGAAGACUGCCCGGGAACUUAGAAGAGCUUCAGCUAAACUACAAUCAAAUUAAAACACUACAUAACACCUCUUUUCUUCGCUACCCAUCACUAAUCACUGUAACCUUAGCUUGCAAUGGGCUGGAGAAAGUACAAUCAAAUGUUUUUCAAGAUUCACAAUUAUUAGAGAACCUAAACCUUGCAAAUAACAAUAUAAACAUUGGCUUUGAGGAAACCAGCCUUGCAUUAAGAACGCUACCUGGUCUGAGAUUUCUAGAUCUUUCUGAGAAUAAGCUUAUCGAUGAAAUGGCUUCCACUUUACUUCAAAACUUAUCAUCCCUGGAGUACCUCAAUCUUUCUGGGAACUUAUUGCAGAGAUUGGAUGAGACCUCAUUCAGGGAUCUUCAUAACCUCAAAGACCUUGAUCUUCAGAGAAAUGCAAUGUUUGAAAUUGACAGCGCCUUCGGGAGCAACCCAAAGCUUCAGAGGCUCAACUUGGCCUUUAACUAUCUGCCUUGUCUGACUGACUUCCACAUGACUCAAUUGGUCGUCCUCAAUGCCAGCUACAACUUUAUCGAGUGGUUUAUCUCAAGGCAGGAACUCAACGACACUUUUCAGCUGGAGACGCUUGAUCUGUCAAAUAACAGGCUCUUCUUUUUUCCCUUCUUGCCAUCACGCAGUAAAUUACAGAACCUUUAUCUCUCGCACAACAUUCUCAGGUUCUACGAACAUUUGGCAGACAAUAGCACACUCCAGAACUCAACCACGAGUGUUGAGUUCUAUAACCUAAAAAAGCACAUAAAAAACGUGACUGCUCAGUUAUGGGAUGACAACCUUCACGGUGAUAUUUCUUCUCUGGACACUUUAGAUUUGAGAGGAAACCAAGUGGAUUAUUUCCCCGAUGGGUUCUUGGAGAAAAUGCCCACCCUGUCAAGACUCCGGAUCGGCAUGAACUGCCUAGAAACACUCCAUUUCUCAACAGAGCAGUUCUCUAGCAGCUUGUACGAACUGGAUAUUAGCAACAACAAACUGAACCAGGUUUCAGCGAAUGAUGGGUCGCUUAGCAUGCUAGGCAAUCUGACUUACGUUAACCUGAGUCGGAACGAUCUGAAGGAGCUACCUUUUGGAUUAUUUUCUUCGUUGCCAAGAAUCCACUCUGUAGACUUGAGCUAUAACAACAUUGGCAUUUGCCUACCCGAUGAAACAAAUAUCAACACCAGCAGCAUUACAGAAUGCUUGCAAUGGAACAACAUUGACUCCCUCAGGCAGCUUCACCUUAAAGGUUGCAACCUUGGAACUGUCCCAAACGCUGCAUUCGCAGGGUUGUCACUAACCCACCUAGAACUGUCCGACAAUCCUGGGAUUGAUGUCCAAGAUUCAUUACAAUGUUUAAGCAGGACGUUGCAACAUCUGGGCUUAGGGAACACUCAAACACAAGACAUUGACUUGUCCCGUUUUCAAAGUCUGAAGUCACUUAAUCUAUCAAGUAAUUCUCUUUACCGUCUUCCCAAAUCACUUUAUGAUAUUGACCUGAAAGUCCUGGACGUAAGGGACAAUAUACUGUCCUCCAUCCCCUCUGGUGAAGCUCAUACACUAGCCUCAAGACUGCAGACUAUUUUCCUCAGUGGAAAUGCAUUUAACUGCUGUCAAACAGAGUGGUUUAGGAUAUUUGAAAGUGCAAAGACAAUUAAUAUGGUUGCAAUGUCAGAUAUUGAAUGCCGCGAUAUCCUACAAAUGACACACAGAGUGCAGGACUCAGACAAAUUUUAUUGUUUAGAAGCAGAGGAGUCAAUCCUGUGGUACGUUCUGCUACUUGUGCCUCUUUGUCUUUUUUUGACAGGAAUCUCCAUUGUUGCGUUCCUUACCUACAAGCCCAAACUCCUACAAACAUCAAUCAAAAAGAAGUAUUUGAAGCCCACGUCCUACUGAUACUUUAUAAACACCAAAUGUGAAUGCAUUUUGUACAUUGUCCAGAUGUUGAAAAUAAAAUAAUAAAAAAAAACACUUUAAAAGCCAUC